CGUGAGCCCUCCCGGUUCCGGCGCGGUAGAGGCCCGGGGUGGUGAACAUUUCUCCGGCACCAUGUUUGGUUUGUCUGGCCCUCUAGCCCAGCGUGGCCCUUGCCCGUUACCAUUGCUGCUUUUACUCCUUCUCGGCCCCAGCUCGGUCCUCGCCAUCUCCUUCCACCUGCCUGUUAACUCCCGCAAGUGCCUCCGCGAGGAGAUCCACAAGGACCUGCUGGUGACGGGCGCGUACGAGAUCACCGACCAGUCUGGGGGCGCUGGCGGCCUGCGCACCCACCUCAAGAUUACAGAUUCUGCUGGUCAUAUUUUAUACUCCAAAGAGGAUGCGACCAAGGGGAAAUUUGCCUUUACCACUGAAGAUUAUGACAUGUUUGAAGUAUGUUUUGAGAGUAAGGGAACAGGGCGGAUACCUGACCAACUCGUGAUCCUAGACAUGAAGCAUGGCGUGGAGGCGAAAAAUUACGAAGAGAUUGCAAAGGUUGAGAAGCUCAAACCUUUAGAAGUAGAGCUGCGACGCCUGGAAGACCUUUCAGAAUCUAUCGUUAAUGACUUCGCCUACAUGAAGAAGCGUGAGGAGGAGAUGCGUGAUACCAAUGAAUCAACAAACACUCGGGUCCUGUACUUCAGCAUCUUUUCAAUGUUCUGUCUCAUCGGACUAGCUACCUGGCAGGUUUUCUACCUGCGUCGCUUCUUCAAGGCCAAGAAGUUGAUUGAGUAAUAAGACCCAGUCUCCUCCCACCUGUAUCUCAGCCACAGAACACCGCUGGGAUGUGCCUGGCCUCCGGCAUCCUACCAGAAGCACCAUUGAGGCACAUCGGAGCUUUCUUGCUGGAACUGAUCUCUUUCACCGUGGGAGGACCUGGGUUCCCACCUCCACCCAACAAAUCAGUGAGGGACCGCUUUUUAACUUGGUAGGAUUUGGACUGGUUUUGCAACAAUAGGACUAUUAUUAAAGUCACCUAUGACAAAAUGUAGGGGUUACCUAGAUAACGCCAAAGCCAGCAUUUGUACUGGGUUUCCUCGUGUGAUCUGUUUGAACCAUGUUUUUUCCUUCUCCACAUACUCAUCAGCUUGGGCUUCUGCACUGGGUCCUUUACCAAGAUUUGUACGACCAUGUUGAACUUGUUUUCUUCUAAUUGUUCUCCUUGGAUUUCUCGUGGCAAUACCCUUAACUUUCUCUCCUGGUUGAAUGUUUAGGUAGCUUCUGGUGGUAUCCUUUCAUAAUUUUAUGUUUCUUAAAAGGAGAUGGAUGUGACACCACAUAGAAAUAAGUUUUGAACUAUAGAAAACAAAGAAAUUUUCAUUUUUAGAGAAUUAAAUAUUUGUGCUUAACUGCCUGAA